CUAUGACAUAAGUGAUGGGAGGAAGUGUGAAAUUCCGCGGGGUCUUUAAGGCGGCUUCAGAAAGAUGAGCGGCCGCCUCUCGGACAACAAGGCUCUCUUUGAGCCAGUUGCUGAUUCAUUGAUAUUCACAAACCACCGGCGGCGCCCUUUCAACGCAGGAUCUCCCGGUCUCCUAUGAGGAUCUGCGGUGAACGGGGCGCGAGUACGCGUAGCGCUGCUGGAUGAACGGAAUCUGCGCACCCAAAGAACCAAACGCGGACAGAGAAUAGCCAGUUCGUACGUAUGUUUUUCCCUUUGAGGGACGCGUCCGAGGGGAUGGGCCGGAUCUUCGGGUAACGCUGUCCCCGCUUAGCUGACAUCCGUGCUGGGAUUCGGGAGUUGUCCGGCUGAUGGCACGAGCAAGCUACGCGAGACCCGACAGGCUCUUGUUCCGACCAACCCGAGGGACUGUCAUCUUUUCUCGGUAAAAACCGUACCCCCGAGCUCCGACCGAAGGGACCCUCACUCCGCGCGCUGCCACGGAGGACGACGCGCUGCAGCCGCCAGCGUCCAGCGGUUCGGAAGCGCCGUGGCGUUAAUCAGCGCCUCGCUCUUUGAUGGCAUGUGUCAGGUCCGCCUGGCGCCGGCGGACAACCGGAGAGGCUUUGAUGUGCCCGGGUCCAUUCAUUCGUCGGCUGUAAUGCCGCGUACACGCUUAAUAUAGUACUAUCGACGUUUGUGAAUUCGUUCGCCGCAAACCCCCCAGCUGGUGUCGGGAAGAGCGAGGCUGAGGCGGCUCGGCAGUCGGAAGGAUAUGGGAGAGCGAGCGGAACCGAUGCAGUGGGUCUUGGCAAGGCAUCGUCAAUAUACAGGGCAGUGAUGCCUGGCAUGGUGAUGUUUCGGCGGCGCUGGUCAGUUGGCAGUGAUGACCUGGUGCUGCCCGCGCUCUUCCUCUUUUUAUUGCACUGCAUCUGGUUGGUCGUCCUGUCCGUGGUUCUGUUCGGCCUCCCCUACGGCUCGGACCAGUCGUGCUCCGUAACGCUGGUGGACCAUGGCCGGGGCUACCUGGGCAUCCUGGUCAGCUGUCUCAUCUGUGAGAGCGCCAUCAUGUGGCUGAGCAUGCGAGGCAGCAUUCUGUACACGCAGCCCCGGGAGGCCGUGCAGUACGUCCUCUACAUACGACUCGCUAUUCUGCUGGUGGAGCUAGUGUACGCUGUGGUGGGAAUCGCCUGGCUCGUUCAGUACUACCAGCCGUGCUCUGAUGUCACUGCCAAGAACCUGGCUUUGGGAAUCGUUGCGUGCAACUGGCUUGUGAUCUUAAGCGUUUGCAUCACCCUCAUGUGCACCUUCGACCCAACGGGCCGGACGUUCGUCAAACUCAAAGCCACUCGCCGGCGCCAGCGCAACCUCACCACAUACACGCUCAGACACAGGCUAGAGGAGGGCCAAGCGAGCAGCUGGAGCAGGAGAUUGAAGUUCUUCAUGUGCUGCACGAGAGCCCAGGAUACACAGUCUGAUGCCUACUCAGAAGUGGCCAGCCUCUUUGCAGAGUUCUUCAGAGACCUGGACAUCGUGCCUAGUGAUAUCAUUGCUGGUCUGGUGCUCCUCCGCCAGACGCAGAGGUCUAAGAGAUCCGCUAUCCUGGACCAGGUAUCCGCUUCAGCCAACAAUGACAUUUUAGCCUUCUUAUCUGGAAUGCCUGUCACACGCAAUACUCGAUACCUGGACCUUAAGAAUUCGACUGAGAUGAACAUGUACAAGGAAGUGUGCUAUUACAUGCUCUUCGCCCUGGCUGCGUAUGGUUGGCCCAUGUACCUGAUGAGGAAGCCGGCCUGUGGGCUGUGCCGCCUCGCCAGCUCCUGCCCAUGCACAUCGGUGUCUGGCUCUCGGCUCUCUCAGUCCGUGACCGUGGAGGAGGACAACUGCUGCGGCUGUAACGUCCUGGCCAUACGGAGACACUUCCUGGACAGGGACCUCAAGCAGGUUCACAUUGUCUACACUUCCUGCCACGAUGCGGUUUACGAGACUCCUUUCUUUGUGGCCGUGGAUCACGCCAAAAAGAAAGUGGUAAUCAGCAUCAGAGGAACCCUGUCGCCAAAGGAUGCGUUGACUGAUCUGACGGGGGAUUCUGAACGUUUGCCUGUAGAGGAGCAGCAUGGGACCUGGCUGGGCCACAAGGGCAUGGUUUACUCAGCUGAAUACAUUAAGAAGAAACUGGAGCAGGAAAUGAUCUUAUCGCAGGCCUUUGGAAGAGACUUGAGCAAAGGUACGAUGCAUUACGGACUGGUGAUAGUUGGGCAUUCCCUCGGUGCCGGCACCGCUGCUAUCCUCUCCUUUUUGCUCAGACCUCAGUACCCAACGCUCCACUGCUACUCUUACUCUCCACCCGGUGGCCUUCUUAGUGAGGAUGCCAUGGAGUACUCCAAGGAGUUCGUCACAUCUGUGGUUCUGGGAAAAGACCUGGUACCAAGACUCGGCCUUUCGCAGUUGGAGGGUUUCCGACGCCACCUCCUGGAGGUCUUACAGAAAAGUAACAAGCCAAAGUGGAGGAUCAUUGCGGGAGGCACCAAAUGCAUCCCAAAAUCAGAGCUUCCACUUGAGGAUGAUGAUCCUCAGUCCCAGCUGGCGGCCCCCCCAAGCUGCUGCCUGUGGCUCCACCCCAGUGACCUCAGCAUUGCCCUUUCAGCCUCCACCCCCCUCUAUCCUCCUGGUAGGAUCAUCCACGUGGUGCACAACCAUCCUCCAGAGACAUGCUGUGGCCAGGAGGAGCCAACCUACUCGGCUCUGUGGGGGGACAACAAGGCCUUCAAUGAGGUCAUCAUAUCACCUGCCAUGCUUAAUGAGCACAUGCCCCACAUGGUGAUGGAGGGUCUGAACAAGGUGCUGGAGAACUACAACAAAGGCAAAACAGCUUUGCUCUCAGCAGCCAAGAUCAUGGUGAGUCCCACCGAAGUGGACUUGAAUCCAGAGACCCUGUUCAUGGACGCGACGACCACGUCUCAGCAGCCGACCCCUGCGACCCACCACCGCAGGAACAGUAGUGUUCGACAAAAAACAUUGUUACGUUCAUGUGCCCAGUCUGAAAUAUCUCUGGAUGGUUUCUCUGAGUGCCCUCCUCCCCCAGUGCCUGUGGUGCUCCGUGGAGCACGGGAGCGCCUGGCCGUGGAGCUGAGGGACCGCAAGGCGCCGCUGGCCGUCAUGGAGAGUCUCUCGGACGCCGAAUCGCUCUACAGCCUGGACUCGCGGCGCUCCUCGGCGGCGCUCAGGGGGUCGCCGAUGCUGGGUAGCCUCCCGUUCCCUUUGGACGCGCCGAUUCCAGAGGAGAACCCGUCUCUUAGCUCUCGCACAGAAUUAUUAGCUGCUGACUGCCUCUGCCAGGCGACGCCGGAGCACUUGGGUGAAGUCGGGCCCUUCUUCACCCCAGAGUCCAGGUCCACCCCGGAUUAUCCCAUGCGUCUGUCUCCAGCCACGCCUCGAUACAGCGGACUCCAUUCCCCAUCUCUGCUAAACCAGAGCGUCUUGGCUCAGCCUUUUAAGACGGAACCCAAUACCAACUCGAAAAUGCUUCCUGAUGCGGAUCAGCAACAGAUACCUGGCGUCUACAGCCCAGGUGGCACUCCUAAUGCACCUCUCAGCCCUCAGAUUGGUUCUAGAGCAGUGGACGCUGAAAUGGAAGACUGGGACGCUGCCGAGAAGCAGCUAAGUGCAGGGACCCGGCCCGCAGUUUGUACUCCUCCAUCCCAGCUUUCCAAUGGAAACCCCAGUCAGGCAGUGCUGGAGUUCGCCCAAUACUUAGACUCUUUAUUCAGACUAGAUGGCAGCAGCUCGCCUCCUCUGGAACUGUCUGACGGCGAGUCAGAGUCAGGCCGCGGCUCAUUUGGACAAGGCGAGUGUCUCGGAGAUGGACAGCAGCUGGACGACAAACAGUUCCUGGCCAGGGCGACACUGGAGCCAAACCUGGUCCCGAAGCCCCCGCGCACGUUUGCUGGAUCCGCCGACCCUUCAUCAGGCAUCUCUCUGUCACCAUCCUUCCCUCUCUCGUCAUCUGAGGAACUCAACGAUCUUUCCCCUGGCGAAGGCGCCCCACCAUCCAUACAUUCCCUACGGACAUCCACCCCUUGCCACUGUCCUGAGGAGAACACGCUGUCCUCGAUGGUGUAGACCGCAGGCUGCAGCGUCCUUUGUCCUACAUGGAGAGGAGCAAUCUGAAUUUUUAAAACAUAUCACAGUACUUGCAUGCAGUGGAAUGCAGUCACUCAUCCGAUGGCAGAAACUGACUGACGAACUCACAAACUCUUUAUUCUUAAGGUGUCCCCUUCGAACGCUCAUUUUCACACUAUUGCAAUUACUAAGAAAAAAAAAAGAUACCUCUCUCUGCAUGCCAGGGGGCUGUGCUGCUUAUGGGUUCAUAGAAACGGUAGCUUCACAAUACCAUUCCGCCACACUGUCGUCGCACAACACGCAGAGAUGAAUAAACACCACUGUAGGUCAGGUUCUCUGACUAGAGUAAAUAUCAACGGGAGAAUAGUUAUCUGAGCAGGGAUUCACCAACCUUACACUACAGAAGAUGUUAGCACAGACACACAUUGUGGGUCCAUGUACAGCUUCCUGCACCCUCAGCGGCUCUGGAGACGUCGUCCGGCAGCGUUCAUUUUAUUUUUCUAAAUCAGGAAUGUGAAGAUGGACAUAUUCAUCAGUCACUGCGAUGGAGAAAACGCUAUGAAAUGUUCCUCAGGUCUAUAAAGAAUUGACUUUGAGAAAGAGAGUGUGUUACAUUGGUGAGAAUUCAUGUGUUUUAAAAAACUUGUGAUUGUGACAAAGUUAUUACGGACACAUAUGGAUGUUUUAAGUCUUUUGGUUACUCUUUAUAGUGCAUGAAGACUUGUUUUCUUUUAUUUUGAAGAGAGAUUGUCACUAAGCAAUUUAGACUGACAUUUGGAUGCUCUUCGCACAUUAUAUUGCUCAAUUAACCCCCUCCUUGCCAAAAACAUUAAUACAUUGUAUUGCCAAAUGUAUUUAUGAGAUGUACUUUUGUAUAUGUAUAUGAAUAAUGAUUUAUUUAAACACAAAUCCAUCAGUUCCUUCCCUGGCCAUCCCCGUUGGUUCCCAUAUAGACUGUUACACAGCAGCGCCACAGAGAAGAUGUCAUCCUGACCUUAAAACACUGCCAUGGCUUUCAUUUUGACAACACAAUCUCUGUACCUUGGGUUUUGAAACAAUAAUGAACUUUGUAAUCGAUGUCCUAGUCUCAUAACUAGUGUAACACUCUCUUAGCAAUGUGCCUAGGUCAGGGACUGCAUGCUUUAUGCAUUCACAGUAGCAUGGCUGGUAUAUAAGAAGUCUUGUCCUAGUCACCGUAAAAAAAACAAGCUCUAAACAUGUUCUGAUUAUAUUUAAAUAUAAUCAAAUGUGUUUGUAAACCUUUGUGAGGCUUACUAAAUGCCCAGGUCAGCACCCAGUACCCAACUGGUUUGAAAACAUCUCCCAGGAUAUCGAUUUUCUUCUCAAGGUGCUCUAAGUCAUCUUGGACGUCAAGGUGUUUGCUUCCCUUUAAUCCGGUUCAUCUCAAACUUUGUUCAGGUUGGGCUGAAUUAAUCAAUGGGCUUGAACAAUACGUACUGUGUGCCAACUCUAAAUACUAUACAUGGCAUACAAUCUUCCAUAUCACUCUGGUUGUAGGAGGUGGUCCACGAUUUGCAUUAUUUAUUAUUGUUGUUCUCUCUUUUAUUGCUAUGUUUGAUGGACUUUUUAUCUUUAUUGCUCUUGCAAUAGAUUGGUUUGAUGUCAGUGAUUUUUAUCUCAGUUUUGGGACAAUGUGGGGAAGGUUUAUAUAUUUCAGCUUUUUUCUGUCCAGGUGGAGAAAAUUUUGACAUUCUGCCAUGUCAUAGUGACAAUAUGUUUCCUUCUUUUUUUUUUUUACUAAUGUGUAGUGAGACGUGCUGCAGAAUGACAGCCUGCUUACGCCAACCUUUGGUGCAGCGCCACCAUCAAGCCGAGAGUCACCAUAGCAAUUUGAACAGUCUCUCUAUUUGGAAUAGGAUUUGCUGUGGUUGCUCUCAGCAGACAGUUCCAGCCAGUUUACAGUCUGACGCUGCUCAGAUCAUGCUGCCAGUCCCAGUAGUCUCUGAUGAGACACACUAAAUUUGGCCCAGCAAAUACCUACAUUCAGUAGCUUUGCCUGCAGCUUGUCGCACAUUAAACAUUGCCGAGAGAAAGCGCCACAACACUUCCCACCGUGAUGUGUACAGCACCACCUUCUACGUGUAAUUAUUUAUGCCGAUGUCUAAAAUAAAUAAGAUUCAUUUCAACAGAGUCAUGUCAAAAACCAUUAUGUAAUAGUAAGGGGAAUGACUAUUAAAAACAUAGCACUAUGGCCAUAUAGAAAAAAUAUCUUAGUUAUUUAUUCAAAUCACUGGCAGAUAAAAAAAUAAGUCAAAAUUGGUCUAUGUCUUGUCCAUGUUUACCUGGUUUGCUUCCCUUCCUUUCCUGCCCACAAUUAGAAUGUAUUUAAUCCCUCCUGCCCUGCCUGUAUUGGAAUAAACUACAAACUAUGAAAGUAA